GGAUUCUCGAGUUAAUGUCAUAUGAAACAGACAGUGAAUGAUCAAACCUUUUUAUGAAUUGUAACUCCAGGAAUCAAUAAUGGUAUGUGUUGCUUCAACAUAAUUUAUUCAUCAUUAUCCCGACUGAGCAUGCCUAUGACAGUAGUUGGGAGAAAAUUUAUUCUUCAUGUCAAUGCAGGAAUCUGGGUGAGAUCAUGUCUGCAAUGAUGAUGUGAGGCAUUUAAAAGAAGAAACAAUUAUUUAGGAUUUUUAAUUAAAAGUCAUUAUGUCAUCUGUAAAGGUUGCUGUGAGGGUUCGCCCUUUCAACAACCGUGAAAUAACUAGAGAUGCUGAAUGUAUCAUUGACAUGGCAGGUGACACUACAACCAUAACAAACCCAAAGGCUGGAUCAAAAGAAAGAAAAGCAAACACAUUUUCAUUUGACUACUCCUAUUGGUCUCACACAACAGCAGCAGAUCCUAAUUUUGCUUCACAAAAAAAAGUUUAUGAAGACAUUGGCAUUGAGAUGUUAGAUCAUUCAUUUGAAGGAUAUAAUGUUUGUAUAUUUGCGUAUGGCCAGACAGGUAGUGGUAAGAGUUAUACAAUGAUGGGUAAAAAUGAAGCAGGUCAAGAGGGUAUUAUUCCACAGCUUUGUCAAGAUUUAUUUGAAAGAAUAGAAAAAGCUAAAGUUGAUGAUGUAAAAUUUUCAGUAGAGGUUAGCUAUAUGGAGAUCUACUGUGAACGAGUUCGUGAUUUGCUUAAUCCAGGAAACAAAAACAGUCUACGAGUUCGUGAACAUCCACUAUUAGGACCUUAUGUAGAAGAUUUAUCUAAAUUAGCCGUUCAACAUUUUGAUGAUAUAAAUAAACUUAUAGAUGAAGGCAACAAAGCUAGAACUGUUGCCUCUACCAAUAUGAAUGAAACCAGUAGUCGAUCUCAUGCUGUAUUUACUAUUAUAUUUUCUCAAAGACGUCAUGAUUCUCAAACUAAUAUGGUUGGUGAAAAGGUUAGUAAGAUAAGUCUUGUUGAUUUGGCUGGUAGUGAAAGGGCUGAUUCAACAGGAGCACAAGGCAAAAGACUUAAAGAAGGUGCAAAUAUCAAUAAAUCUUUAACAACUUUAGGCAAAGUUAUAUCAGGUUUAGCUGAAAUGUCAAACAAGAAAAAGAAAAAGGCAGAUUUUAUACCAUACAGAGAUUCAGUUUUAACUUGGUUGUUACGAGAAAACUUGGGUGGUAAUUCAAAGACAGCUAUGAUAGCUGCUUUAAGUCCAGCUGAUUUGAACUAUGAUGAAACAUUGACCACAUUGAGAUAUGCUGAUCGAGCUAAACAGAUCAUGUGUAAGGCUGUUGUCAAUGAAGAUCCUAAUGCUCGACUGAUCCGUGAAUUGAAAGAAGAAGUUCAUAGAUUAAAAGACCUUUUAGCUAGUGAAGGCAUUGAAAUCAAAGAAGGGUUGCCCCAGCCAGUAAAUGUCAGAUCUCGUAAGGAUUCUCUUAGUUUUGAAACUGGAGAAGAUGCUAUUGAAAGAUUACAACUCUCUGAGAAAUUGAUAGCUGAACUCAAUGAAUCAUGGGAAGAAAAGUUGCGGAAAACAGAAAAUAUCCGCAAGGAAAGAGAAGCGGUAUUAGCAGAAAUGGGAGUUGCUCUGAAACAAGAUGGUGGAACAAUUGGAGUAUUUUCCCCUAAAAAGUCUCCACAUUUGGUGAAUUUAAAUGAAGAUCCAUUGAUGUCUGAAUGUUUGCUAUAUUAUAUAAAAGAUGGCACAACUAGAAUUGGACUGGGAGGUACUGCACAGCCAAAAGAUAUCCAGCUUAGUGGUGCCAAUAUCCAAGAGAAUCAUUGUACAUUUGAAAAUAAAGACGGCAUUGUGAUGUUAGUUCCAGAAGAGGGAGCGUUAUGCUAUGUAAAUGGCCGGCAAAUAAAUGAACCUACAGAAAUAAAGACUGGUGCUAGAGUUAUAUUAGGAAAACAUCAUGUUUUCAGGUUUAAUCACCCACAGCAAGCUCGAGCCAGCAGAGCUUUGAUGAUGGAAUCUACAGAUAAUUUAAUGAGUGAACCGGUUGAUUGGACAUUUGCUCAGCUAGAGUUAUUAGAAAAACAAGGAAUAGAUUUACGUAAGGAAAUGAAUCAAAGGUUGUUGAAUUUAGAAGAACAGUAUAGGAAGGAGAAAAUUGAAGCUGAUCAGUUAUUUGAACAACAAAGAAAGGACUAUGAGAAUAGAAUACAGUCUCUACAAGAACAGGUUGAAAGACAUUCCAUGAUGUCAAGUUUUGCUACAAUCAAUGAUAUAGAUCUAGAAGAAGAAAUAGAAGAAGAAUGUACAUGGACAGAAAAACAGAGGGAUUUGGUAUCUUGGGCAUUCCGUAAAUGGAAAUAUCAUCAAUUUACGUCACUUAGAGAUGAUUUAUGGGGAAAUGCCAUAUUCUUGAAGGAAGCAAAUGCUAUAAGUGUUGAAUUAAACAAAAAGGUUCAGUUCCAGUUUGUUUUACUAACCAGUACUUUAUACUCACCACUGCCACCAGAAUUAUUACCAUUAGAAGACCGUGAAGAAGAACGACCAUUCCCUAGAACUAUAGUAGCUGUAGAAGUACAAGACUCUAAGAAUGGAGCUACUCAUUACUGGAGUUUAGAGAAACUAAGACAUCGUUUGGAACUCAUGAGACAGAUAUACAAUGAGGAUUCGUCACCGGAUACGCCUGAAGCAAAGCAGGACUUCUUUACAUGUCUAACUGGUUGCAGUCAGCAAAAUGUCUUUAAUUUCAAAAACCUAAUCCAAUCCAGGAAACGAUUAGAACUAAUGAGAGAAAUGUAUCCUAAUGAUGGAGAUUUGUCACCAACUUCACCACCACAGUUAGACAGUAUGUCUGGUGGAGAUCCAUUUUAUGAUAGAUUCCCUUGGUUCAGAUUAGUUGGCAGGGCUUUUGUAUAUUUGAGUAAUCUGUUCUAUCCGGUACCAUUGAUACAUAGAGUCAAUAUUGUCAGUGAAAAGGGUGAAGUAAAGGGUUAUCUACGUGUUGCUGUACAGGCCAUUACAGAUACAACUGCUGAAAAAGAAGAAGUACUAGAUUAUCCACCUAGUGUAAAACAAUCUAGCAAUGUUAAAAUUACAUUCUCAGAUGAAGAAUAUUCCCUGAAGAAGACUAAUGGUAUAAAUAUGCCAAUCAUUUGUCAGACAGAUACCAAAUGCUCCACUGAUGAAAUAAGAAUAGUUGAAGGUGAAACAGACACACCCGAAAUAAACACAGAAGGCAGAAAUACUGAAGAUGAUAAAAAUAUGAAAAACACAGAUUUCUAUCCUGAAAUUGAUGAGAAGAAUAUACCUGAACAUCUGAAGUUAGGUUCCCAGUUAACAUUUAGAGUGACAGUGUUACAAGCUACAGGAAUAUCACCAGAAUAUGCUGAUAUAUUCUGUCAAUUUAACUUCCUUCAUCGUCACGAUGAAGCUUUUUCAACAGAACCUUUACGUAACACAGGAAAAGGCCCUUCCCUUGGUUUUUAUCAUGUACAAAAUUUCACAGUUUCGGUAACAAAGUCAUUUAUUGACUAUAUUAAAAGCCAACCUCUAGUUUUUGAAGUAUUUGGUCAUUAUCAACAACAUCCUUUACAUGAUCAGGCUAAAGACACAAUACCACAUCGUCCGAUUCAAUCACAGAGUUUUCCAUCAGCACUGCCAGUUUCUCAACCAGUUCCUUCACCUAAAUAUGGUAUUAUUUUUACUCCCAGUUGCAGUCCGAUACACGCUAGAUAUGAUGUCUUGGUUUGGUUUGAAAUUUGUGAAUUGGCCCCCAGUGGAGAUUAUGUACCAGUUGUUGUAGAUCAUAGUGAUGAGUUAGCAUGUAGAGGUGUGUUUAUGUUACAUCAAGGUAUUCAGAGACGUAUUCGUAUAACCAUUGUACAUGAAAAUAAUCUUGAAAUACAGUGGAAGGAAAUACAAGAACUAGUUCUUGGUCGGAUUAGAACAGGUCCAGAGUUUCGAGAUUAUGAUAGUGAUAACAGUGUUUUGUCUCUUAGUCUGUUUCCAGCUCAUUUCCUUCAUUAUUCCAACGAUAAAAGAGUAUUUUUCCAGUUUGAGGCAGCUUGGGAUAGCUCUCUCCAUAACUCUCCUCUACUUAAUCGUGUUACACAAAGUGGUGAACAAGUCUUUUUAACACUUUCAGCAUAUAUAGGGGUAGAGAAUGGAGAUCAACCAGCUUGUAUAACUAAAGAUUUAUGUAUGGUCAUUCAUUCCAGAGAUACAAAAAUAUCAGCACCCAGAGCUUUAAAGAGUUUGUUUGGAGUAUUAAAGAACCAUGAAGCUAAUAAAAUUUCUGGAAUCUAUGAAUUACUCCUUAGAAAAUGCUCCGAUUCUGGUAGCCCCGGUGUCCAGAGACGACAAAGACGUGUAUUAGAUACGUCAUCUACUUAUGUACGAGGUGAAGAAAAUCUGAAUGGUUGGAGACCAAGAGGCGACUCAUUACUAGUAGAUCAUCAGUGGGAGUUAGAAAAACUCACACGUUUAGAAAUGGUAGAAAAAUCUCGUCAUGUUAUACUGUUACGUGAAAAACUAGCUGAACAAAAUAAAAUAACCGAACUGAAACAACUAAAUCAUGAUAUUAUAAUGAACCAAGCUUCCUGUCAGAAACAACGUUACAAUGGAGAUGAAAAACACGAUGAAAAUCCUAAAGAUAUUGAUAUUAAGGAAAAGAAUCUAAAUGUUGUAUAUGAGUUAAGAACAGAAGGUGAUAAAGACAAAGAACUGGCUGCUAAAUGCGUGCGUUUAAUACUGCAGGGUAGAAGAUCAAAUAAAUUAUCAAACUUUUAUCUGGAUGAAUCUAUGUAUAGUACAUCAACAUGUAAUUCUGAUGAAAGUGUUCUCAGUACUGGCAGUGAUAUGAUGAAUGAUUCCCGACUCGCCAUGUCUGUGAGUUCUCAACCUAUUGGACAAUCCAAGUCAUAUGACAGUAUUACAUCACCCCCUACACCAGAUACAGGAGAUCGUAAACUCUCCCUACCAUUAAAAACUGCCCGACCUGAUAUAGAUACCUCCAUGUUUGUUGAUAUUGAAGAAAUCAGACCAAGUCCUGUUGUGUCACGUCGUGGUUAUCUCAAUGUUCUUGAAGAAAAGACAAAUGAGUGGAUAAAGAAAUGGGUGAUUGUGAGACGCCCAUAUGUAUAUAUGUACAAUAAUGAAAAGGACCCAGUGAUUCGAGAUAUUAUUAACCUAGCUACAUCCCAGAUUGAGUACAGUGAGGAUCAACAUGCAAUACUUAAGACAAUCAAUGCCUUCUCUGUGAUAACACGGCAUCGUGGAUUCUUGUUGCAAUCUGUGGAUGAUAAAGAGUUCCAUGACUGGCUUUAUGCCAUUAAUCCAUUAUUGGCUGGUCAAAUCAGAUCAAAACUAUCCAGAAGAAAACAAGCAUUACCAAUCUGAACUGAAGUUAAAUACAAACUGAACUAAAAACAAAAACUUUAUCAAAAUAUCACCUAAGAACUAUUUCCCAUUUGAUCAUGGUAUAUCAUUAUAGAAGAUAUAUAUUGUGUAUGCUCAUAUAGUAAACAGUGUAUAUCUACCUUCACUAAUAAUAUAAGUAUAAUAUUCUAUAUAUAUAAAUAUGCCAUUAGACAGGUCUGUUGUAAGGCUUAUUGUUGCCAUCAUACAGUGUAUGUAUGUGUGUUUAUGUGCAAUAGUUUUAUGGACAGCAUUUCGUUGUGUAGUAUCAUUUAAUAUAUCAUAUCAUAUAGCUGGUUCUAUUGUGCUGUCUGGGAUUUCAAAUCUUUUCUCUAAUUAAAAGUGGGAAAAGGUGAAAUAUUUGGUCAAAAUUGUGCAUAUGGUUAACAGACUUAGUGAUUUUUUGAAAUUGCGAAAAUGAAUUAGAAUUAUAUUUAAUUAUGGCUCAAUCAAAUUUGUUAAUCAAAUCAAUUGUUCAUUAGAGAAUUUAGAAAAAUGAAAGCGUGACAUACAAUUCCGUAUUGGGGCCUAUGAGCUCCUGAUCUUUGAACAUAUGCAUGAUUAUAAGACUUAGUAAGGUUUAUUGGAACUAUGGUUAAAAGUAAAGCUCAAUAAUAUCUAGUCUUUUAAACACAGAUGUCUGGCAUCAUUAAGGCUGUUUUGAAGAAGACUUAGUCCAAGCAGUGAGACUUAGUCAAAGCAGCAUGAGUUAUCAUUUUAUCAUCUACCUCCAUCUAGCAAAAUGAACCAGCUAUUUGACAUAAAAUUCAAGUGUAUAUGUAUAUUAGUGCAAUAUUUUUUGCCACCAAUAAAAUGAAUUCCAUGUAUGUUAUGUUAUGAAUUCUGUAUAUUUAAGUUAACUUAAGAUAUAAGCCCAUCUUUAAGGAACCUUGUUAUAUAUUUUAUCCUCUAAGUUAUUGUGCAGUUAGUUGUUUAUGAUUGUAUAGUAGCUAUAUAUAGUUGUUUUGUUAUUUUAAAUUGUUAUUGUGAUAUUUAUUAUUAUCAUCUUAACGUUGAGAUAAUGAUCAAUUGUCUUUUCACAAAGCCAAGUAAGAUGAUUAUAAAUGCUUUAAUUUUGACUUAUCAUCGAGUUUUAUUAUUUUGGUGAAAUUUAUGUUACCAAAAAGACAUGCAUUUAAGCAAAGUUUCAUAAUAUAAUCAGUAUAUGCUUAAUUAUUACUAGAAAAGUUACUGUUGGUUUUAAUUUAAUUAAGACUAGAUCGAUCAUGAUGUAAUCAUAAUUGAAAUCCUGAGCAGUGUCAAGAGACAAAGUAAUAUAUGGUUGUGUUAAUAGAAUUUUGUAACAAGUUAUAAUUUGAUUGAUAAUAACUCUUGCUUUGUUGUGAACUCCUGUGAUUUUGUACUUCAUCACAAUAAACUAUCAGAUUGUUAAUAGAUAACUAUGGUUUAUUUGGAGAUAAACAUUGUUAUAGAAUUCUCUUAAAAUAAUCAAUUUUAACAUUGUUAUUAUAUUUCAUUAAUCAAUGGAUUAAUAAAACUGUUUUAAUUUGGAGAAUUUAACAGUUUGGGAUUGUAACAAUUCAUAUAGUAUCAGUAGAAUGAUAAAAUUACUUUUUAGUACAAGAACUUGACAGUGUUGGGAGAGCUUUACAGUGCUGGAAUAUAGUUAAAUUCUAUAACAAAGUAACAAGUCACCAGUUACUUGAUAAAACUAUGGUAUAGUUGGAGAACUUUACCAUGCUGGAACAUUUUAUAACAAAGUAACAAAUUAUCAAUUGAUUGAUGAAACUACUAUUUAAUAAGAAAGCUUUACAGUGUUGUAGUAUUGUGAUUUGAUUUUAUAGCAGUGUCAGUAAUAUUUUAUAUUAUCAGUUGAUUGAUAAAACUGCUGUUUAGUUGUUAUUAUCAUAACAUACUGUCAGUUGAUUGAUAAUACUCCAAAGGGGUUUGCAACAUUGGAUGAUUCUUAUGAAAUUGGAUAGCAGUCAUAAUUGUUAUGAAAUUUAAAAAAUUACAACUAUCAAUUAUUUUUGAUAAUAAUAUACUUGUCAGACAGGCCAUCCUCGGAUAUUAAAAACAGAAUUUUCUUGUAAUUUUCACAUAUUGCCAUAAUUUGUCAAUUAAGAGAUUGAAAGGCCUGAUUUGUAGUUUUGAUUUGAUGUUAUGGUAUACUUAUCUAAAAGAUUGAUGUCAGAUUUCUGGGCAGGGGCGCAAUUUCAGUGCUUGCUGAAGGCACUAUUUUCGUUAUUGCCGAAACAUUGUUGUUGAAUUUUUUGUUAUUGAAUUUUAUAACAAAGUAACAAAUGGUCAAUUGAUUGAUACAACUACUGUUUAGUUGGAGAGCUUUACAGUGUUGGGUCUAGCUUUACAGUGCUGGAACAUUGUUAUUGAAUUUUAUAACAAAGAAACAAAAAUUUUAUUAUUGCAUUUUAUAACAAAUUAUCAAUUGAUUGAUACAACUACUGUUUAGUUGGAGAGCUUUACAUUGUUGAGACUUUAUUACCGAACUUCAUAACAAUUAUAGUUGGAUAGCUUUACAGUGCUGGAAUAUUGUUAUUGAAUUUAUAACAAAGCAACAAAUUAUCAAUUCAAUUCAUUGAUAAGACUAAAGUUUAGAUUGAGAGCUUUACAGUGUUGGAACUUUGUUAUUGAACUUUAUAACAAUGUAACCAUAAUAGUUUGAGAACUUUAAUAUGUUACAACAAUGUUAUUGAAUUUUAUAACAAAGUAACAAAUUACCAAUUGCUUGGUAAAAUUACCUUGUAUUUGAGAAACUUCCCAAUGCUGGACCUAUAUUAUUGAAUUUCAUAACAUUUAAAAAUUACCAAUUGAUUGAUUGAACGAUUAAUAAAACUACUGUUGGAGAGCUUUACAGUGUUGAAAUGCUGUUGAAUUUUAUGAAAAAUUAACAAAUACUUGUUUAGAUAGAAAACUAGAUAAGAGUUGAAAUAAUGGAAAGUAACCAAUUAUCAAUUAAUUAAUUGAACAAUUACUGUUUAGUUGGAGAGCUUUACAGUGUUGGGACAUUAUUAUUGAGUUUCAUUAUACUCUUAACAGUUUAUGUAAUUAAAUAUUUUAGGUAAACUAGAAAAACAUUUAGAAGAAAGAAAAAAUGUUUGAAUAAUGUACUAGAUUUAUUGGUUAAAGUUCAACUGUUCUUCCAGUUACAUUUUGAGAAGUGUUUUUAAGAAAUAUUUUGUACUUAAAGCUAAUAUGAACCAUAGGAGAUUGUUUUUGUGUUUAAACUACAAUUGUUAUAUAAUUCUGUUAAGAUCUUUAUAUGAAUCAAAAUACCGCUAUGUGAAAAAAUGUAAAAAGGGCCGGUAGUGAAUUAUGUUGAGUGACGUUUUUUAAAACAGAAUGAACUUUGCUCACAGUCUUGUGUAUUGGAAACAAAGUGUAGCCAUUGUUUUUGUAUUUUUUAAAGCGCAUUAAAAAACAAUUGGCUUUUUAGCUGACUAUGUGAUGUGAGUUUUCUAAGAAUAUUAUGCAUAUACAAGUAAAUAACGUCCAGAUAAUUGGAGCUUUGAAAUGGUAGCCAUUAUUGUAACUGUAACAUUUAUCAAAAUUAAAAUAGUAGGCUCAAUCUGGUAUUACAUUUAAUCCUUAGUGCAUCAUGAAAUAUACAUAUUCAUGGAAUAAAAAAAAUAUAAUAUAAAUAUGAUAUACUUAUGGCAUGCCUAUUCAAAAAUAAAAUUAUGUAUUUUAGAUUUUCUGACUAAAAUCUGUUUAAAUUAAGUAUUCAAAGUUAAAGAAACUGUAGCAUGCAAGUAAUCAACAAAAAUAAAGCAAGCCCAUGACAUUAUACUCAGUACUUAUAGGAACAAUAUUAUUAUGCAUAAUUCUGUAUGUUCUCAGUUAAAAUCAUGCUUUAUUGCUCUUUGUUAAACAAUGCAACAAUGUCUGUACAUGUAUUAACAUGGCGAAUAAAUUUUUGUCUCUUUGAAAUAA